GCCCCCUGGUGUCAGUAGGGGGAAUCGACGCGGCCAACACUGUACCACAUCAGUUUGAAGAUGGCGGAGGGUGAAUUGAACGUGGACAGCCUCAUCUCUCGGCUUCUGGAAGUACGGGGAUGUCGCCCGGGGAAAAUAGUCCAGAUGACAGAGGCAGAGGUGCGCGGCCUCUGCAUCAAAUCCAGGGAGAUCUUCCUAAGCCAGCCCAUCCUGCUGGAGCUCGAGGCACCCCUGAAGAUCUGUGGUGAUAUCCAUGGGCAGUACACAGAUCUACUGAGGCUGUUUGAGUAUGGUGGCUUCCCUCCGGAGGCAAACUACCUUUUCCUGGGUGACUACGUGGACAGAGGGAAACAGUCCCUGGAGACCAUCUGCCUCCUGUUGGCCUACAAGAUCAAAUACCCAGAGAACUUUUUCCUGCUCAGGGGCAACCAUGAGUGUGCUUCCAUCAACCGUAUCUAUGGGUUCUACGAUGAGUGCAAGCGCAGGUUCAACAUUAAGUUGUGGAAGACCUUCACUGACUGCUUUAACUGCCUCCCCAUUGCUGCUAUCAUUGAUGAGAAGAUCUUCUGCUGCCACGGAGGUCUAUCGCCUGAUUUGCAGUCAAUGGAGCAGAUUCGCAGGAUCAUGAGGCCAACAGACGUGCCUGAUACAGGCCUGCUGUGUGACCUUUUGUGGUCAGACCCAGAUAAGGAUGUGCAAGGUUGGGGAGAGAACGACCGCGGGGUCUCCUUCACCUUUGGGGCAGAUGUGGUCAGCAAGUUCCUGAACCGCCACGACCUGGACCUCAUCUGCAGAGCCCACCAGGUUGUGGAGGAUGGAUAUGAGUUCUUCGCCAAACGCCAACUGGUCACACUUUUCUCUGCUCCAAACUACUGCGGGGAGUUCGACAACGCAGGCGGCAUGAUGAGUGUUGAUGAAUCCCUCAUGUGCUCCUUCCAGAUCCUAAAGCCCUCAGAGAAGAAGGCCAAGUACCAAUAUGGUGGUGUAAAUUCUGGUCGGCCCGUCACCCCACCCCGCACCGCCCAAGCCCCCAAGAAGAGGUGAACGUACAGUCUGCCCCCCCCCCCCCCCCCUUUCUGUCUUCUGUCUUCUGUCUCACCCUGUCCGUCCCUGGUCUGCCACCACUGCAACCCCUGUAACUCCCCUGUAUAGUGAAGAUACAGGGCUUAUCUAAUUGCCCACAUCUGUCUCCUCUUUCUUCCCCUCACCCACCCCCUCCUCAACUCCACUGACAGCUCUUUUUCUUAAUGUGUAUGUGUACAUAAAUUUGCUGUGACCAAUCUGUUGAAAAUUUUUUUUUGCCUGUUUGUUGGUAUUUUUGAUAUUAUUAACAAAUAAUCUUUUUUUUUUUGUGGUUUUACUUCCAAUGCCAUUUGAGGUUUUCUGAGGAUCUGUGUCAUGUAAGGAAAUGCCUUCUCUGUGUAGAGAGACAAAAGAAUUCUUCUUCAGUUAAAUAGAAACAUUGUUUUGCCUUGACCUCUCAAAAAGCAGAGAUGAACCCUUCAAUGAGACUGAGGUUUCUGUGCGAUGCAAAAAUCCAAAGAGACACAAAUAACAUCUCUCAUGUUCCAGUUUAACCGUUUGAACACAUUAUAGCAUAUGCGGUGAACUUGCGGUUGUUGUGCACAUUUUACAUAUUUAACUAUUGAACGAGUGCUACUCCCAAAGACCAGCAAAGAAUGUGAAAAGACCAGUUUGAAUGAAAUAUAGAGGCUAAAUCAGAUGCUGCCGGCAGUGGACACGCUCUACCCGAACACAACGCCCUCCGGGCCUCGAUUCCUCCACUCUGUUAUGCCUGCCUGUGCCUCAACUCCACCCCCACAUAAAAACAUGCCACACAGAGCUGGUAUUAACAUUUUCCUUGGUCUCUUUAUUAUUUGUUCUCCUCAAGAUGAUUUCCCCUCAUUUAGUCAUCUUGAUUUGUAGUGAAAGAUGCUGAGAGAUUUUAUUUUGAUUAAAUGCAAAAUGCAUUGCAAUGCACAGGCAUUUAACUAUUGAACUAAUAACUAAUGAGUCACUUGCGUCAAUAUUUUACCUGCAGACAUACAGGAUAAAUGGUGUACUAAAAGUGCUUAGAAAAUUGUCCUUUCCUAGUCUUUGUAUGAAGGAAUAGAUGAGGAUAGAAAAUAUCUAACAGCAGGAGCUGCAAUUUUGCAAGUGUCUAACAUAUCUGAGGAAGCCUGUACAUUGUUUAAAAAGACCAAAAAAAUUAAAAGUAAAAACAUUAACUACAUAAAAAGCAAACUUCACAAAAUGCUCCACUAUAUUUUAAAUUGUUUAGUGCACAAUGAAGAACAUUUGCUUUUGGAAGCUUUUAAGUAAAAUUCCAGCUAUCCUCCUUCUACAUCAGCCAAUCUUCUUAAGCACAGAGUAAGAAAACUGGUGGAGUCAGGAGUGGGUGGCAGAACCAGGCUGUUUUGAUAUGUGAUAGUGAUGCCACCUGGUGUAUAAAAGCAGUAGUACAGUACAAAGUAGUAUGCACAUCAGCUGUUAGGAAUGUCAAAGUAGACAGCUCAGAAUGGGUUUUUAAUUACAUUGCCAAUACAAAAUGUUGGUGUCAUUCACCACGAGGAGGUACUUCAGUUUCGACUGGUUGGCACUCAACUUCAGUCUCCUACAAAUGAGAUGCAGUUGACCCCUUUUGCCUCUUUUCUGUUUAGUUCAUUUUUUUGCUUUUUGUGGUAGUAUUCUUUCUGUUCUCUAUUCAGUGUUUACUUUAUAUUCACUUAAUUUAUUUCCAAAUAAUGAUAAUAAGAAAACAAUGAGGUGUUACCAAAAGCUGUUUUGCAAUUUGUAUAAGUUUGUUUGAAAGUCUAUAAAUUCAAUUAAAAUGGAUGGAAACCAU